GGUUCCCUCACCUGGCUCUGCUGUUUUUCUCUCUGGAGUUUGAGGCCGCUCCUCCUCUGCUCCUGCACCCUGUCACCUGCCAGGUGCGAGCAAAGAACCCUAGCAAAGAACGCUGGGAAUCCGGCAGCUGUAAAUGAGGUUUCAGUCCAUAAUUGGCUAGCUCCAAGGCAGGAUGGCAUGACAGAGGGGCAACGCAGAGGAGAAAAGUGGUUCAUGGCAUGGAAGACAAGAGGCAGCAAAAGCAGCAAGGGGAAAUGUUAACAUUCAGGGAUGUGGCCAUUGAUUUCUCUGUAGAAGAGUGGGAAUUCCUGGAGCCUGCUCAGCAGAAUUUGUAUAGAGAUGUGAUGAUAGAGAACUACAGAAACCUCCUCUCCCUGGGUUUAGCUGUCACUAAGCCAUACCUGAUCACCUUUCUGGAGCAAAGCAAGGAGCUUUGGGAUGUAAAGAGUCAGGGAACAGCAGCUAUACAUCCAGCAGCUAUGUCUUCUCAUCAUACCCAAGGAUUUUCAUCAGAGAAGGACAUGAAACAUUCAUUUCAAAAAGUGAUAAAUCAAAGAUCUGAAAAUUGUGGCUUUAGUAGUUUGCACUUAAAGAAAGACUGGAAAAUUGUUAAGUAUGAAGAUGAGAAUCCAUUUCAUAAUGGAUACCACCAGUGUAUGACAACUGAAAAUAACAAAAACUUCACUGUCAAUAAAAAUCAAGAACAUAUAGCCUCACAAAAUAUAUCUGAAUUUAUGCCACUACAUUUUAAUAAUCCACAUCAGACUAUUAAGCCUACCUUUUCCUGUGCCAAAAUAUGCAGUUUUAACCAAUAUGGGAAGGAAUUUAUGCGUCCAUUAACACAUAAUCAAAGUCCACAUAUAGAUAUUUGGAAAACUAAUGACAUAUAUAAUAAAAAUGGGAAGGCCUUUAAGAACAGCUGUACUCUAUAUAAUUGCCAGGAUACUCAUAUUGAAAAGAAAAUUUAUCCUUAUAAUGAAAGUAUUGAAAAUUUUUACCAUGGCUCAAAUCCUAAUAAACAACAAUUUUCAGAGAACAUUUAUAAAUGUGAUACGUGUGGGAGAGUCUUUGACCAGUCCUCAGAAUUUACUACCCAUCAAAGUGCCCAUUUUCAAGAUAAGGUUUAUAAUUGUAAAGACUGUGGCAAAGCUUUUGUUGAUGACUCUAUCUUUAAUCAACAUCAGAACAUUCAUACUAGAGAGAAAUCCUACAAUUUUAAAGAUAAUGAUAAACCCUUUAAAUAUUGCUUAAGCCCUAUUCAACAUCAGUUAAUUCUUCCUGGAGAGAAAUCCUACAGUUGUAAAAAUUCUGACAAAACCUUUAAUCAGAACUCAACAUUUGCUAAGCAUCAAGCAAUUAAAAUUGGAGAGAAACCCUAUAAAUUUAGAGACUCUGGUAAAACAUAUAUUGAAAAGUCAGUACUUACUCAACACCAGAGAGUCCAUACUAAAGAGAAACCCUACAAAUGUAAAGUAUGUGACAAAACCUUUAGCCAAAUUUCUCCUCUUACUCAGCACCAGAGAAUACAUACAGGGGAGAAACCUUACAAUUGUAAAGAAUGUGGCAAAGCCUUUAGAUACUGCACAACCAUUAUUCGACACCAAAGAAUUCAUACUGGAGAGAAACCGUACAAAUGUAAAGAAUGUGGCAAAGCUUUUAUUCAGAGGUCAACACUUAUUCAACACCAGAGAAUUCAUACUAAAGAGAAGCCCUACAAAUGUACAAAAUGUGACAAAACCUUUAAUCAAACUUCACAUCUUACUCGGCACCAGAGAACACAUACGGGAGAGAAACCUUAUAAAUGUAAGGAAUGUGGUAAAACAUUUAGAUAUUGUACAACGGUUACUCGACACCAAAGAAUUCAUACUGGAGAGAAACCCUAUAAAUGUGACGUAUGUGGGAAAUGCUUUAAUCAAAGUUCAACGCUUACUCAACAUCAGAGAAUUCAUACAGGAGAGAAACCCUACGAAUGUAAACAGUGUGGCAAAGCAUUUGAUCGAAGGUCAAAUCUUAGUAAUCAUGAAAGAAUACACACUGGAGAGAAACCAUACAAAUGUAAAGAAUGUGGCAAAGCCUUUAAGUAUUGCUCCACCAUUAUUGGACACCAAAGAAUUCACACUGGAGAGAAACCCUACAAGUGUAAAGAAUGUGGCAAAGCCUUUAAUCAAAGCUCAACCCUUACUAAACACCAGAGAAUUCAUACUGGUGAGAAACCCUAUAAAUGCACAGAAUGUGACAAAAGUUUUAAUCAAAUUUCACAUCUUUCUCGGCACCAAAGAACACAUACUUCCAAUCUUAGACAACAUGGCCAAAUUCAUGUUAGAUAAAAAUCCUAUAAAGGUAAAUCUCCUGGAAAAGCUUGUAACAGUUUUUUCACAUUUUAAUCAGCAUAAGAUAACUUAUACUGGAGAAAACCCCUACAAAUACAAAAAUAUGAAAAAGCCUUUCAUGGAUAUUGAGUCUUCAUUCAACAUGAGAAGAUACAGAUUUUUAUUAAAACUUUACAUAUGUAUUAACUGGAGAGACUUUGAGAAAAAUAUGCACUUCAUAACAUCAAAAUAUUUAUUUUGGAAAAAAUCAUUUACAAAUAUAAAGGUAAAGAAUAGCCUUUAUUCAUAUCUCUAACCAUAAUGUGAAAGAUGUGUUACUAGGGAUAAAUCCUACAAAUAGGAAAAUGUGCUAAAUAACAACUCUUGCUUAAAAUAUACUAGACAUCACUACUUGAUGUGGUAGAAAGGAAACAUACCCAUCAGAACAAUGUGGAUUACUCAUCUCUAAAGGAAUAUGUUGAUUAUAAGUCUAUGUUUAUUAAAUAGCCUCAUUUUUGAAAACCGGACAAAGAAUAUCUUCCAAAUUGGACAUUAUAUCAGAACAAGAUAGGUUUCUGACAGUUUUUAAAUUGUUUC